AAAGAGUACCGAAUACCCCAACCCGGUUUGCGAAUCACCGCCAUUCUCAAGUUUAGAACUCCCCAAUCCAAGGCAACGCUGCAUAACUUUGGCCACCAACACCCCCGUCUCUCAUACAUUCUACGCUAGCUUUUAUUGCAUGGUCAUAAUCAAGAAGUGAACGUCAAUGGCAAGUUGUGUUGGCACUUCACCUCUAUAUUUACCAGUUGGUAUUGGAAAUUUUCCUCAUGCUCAUGUUAAGCUUACUAGACCAAACAUUGUUGGGAUGAAACCCUUACCAUAUAACAUCAGAAAAGGAGAACUUAAGAUUGCUACAUUGCAAAAUCCAUCAUCCCAUGUCAGACAUGCUGCUGCUUUGCCAGGAAUUGGAUUGGAAGAUGUGAAAAUUCUGCGGAAAGAGAAUUUUAAAUGUGCUGCUGCAACUGCAAGUGCAACCCAAACUGUAACACGCAAUUCUCGGUCAAUGACUACUGACAAAGUGAAGUCUCCUAAACUUGACAACAAUGGACCUGGUUUGCCACCUUACGAUGGCGAUGGUCAUGGUGGCAACGGAGGGGGUGGAGGUAACUUUUCAGGUGGACUCAUUCUUUUGGGCAUUCUUGGUGUGCUAGAUGUUCUCAAGGACAUUGAGAAACAAUGGCAACGCAAGCACAACAGAUGAUCUUGAACAGGUUAUCUAUGGUGGGAGUGAAAUUACUUUACAAAUCCUGAUUUAGCAACGAUGAGUAGAAGUCUACCGUCUAUGCAAAUACUUUACAGAGUUAGCUUUAUGAAUUCUUUUUUUUAAAAAAAAACUUUAUUAUACAGGUAACUUGGAACACAUAAAAUGCUUAGAGAAAUUAAUUACUAAAGAAUUUGUUGAUGAUUUUUUUUUCA